AUGCGUGGAGGGGACUUUGACACGAGGAAUGUGUUGCUUUUGCUCCUGCUGCUGCUCCUUCUGUUGCUGCCAAACGUGGUGUGGAAAGUGCACGCCAUGAAGUGCAGUGGAAAUCAGCCUCCCUACAUUCCACAAGAGUGGUACCAGCCAGGGGAUCUCUUCGUCGGUGGGGUGACAUCUCAUCUCCAUUACUUGCCCCCCAAAGUGUCAUUCCUCAGACAUCCUUCUAAGGAGAAGAUAAACUUUCCCAUGGUGGCAACAAAGUUCUACCAGCAUGUCCUGGCUUUGGUGUUUGCCAUAGACGAGAUCAAUGACAAUCCCAAGAUCCUGCCCAAUGUCACUCUUGGGUUCCACAUCUAUGACAGCUACACUGAUUCAAAGAGGACCUAUCGUGCCACUUUAGACUUUCUCUUUAACUCCCAUCAGUUUCUCCCCAACUACAAAUGUGACAUCCAGAAAAAUCUAAUAGGAGUCAUCGGGGGACUUAGUUCUGAUGCCUCCUCACGCGUCGCAGACAUCUUAGGUCUUUACAAGGUUCCACAGGUUUCAUAUGGCUCAUUUAAGUCUGCCGUGAAAGAUCAAACCAAUUCCCCUUCCUUUUACCGCAUUGUCCCCAAUGUAGACCUGCAAUACCAAGGACUUGUCCAGUUAUUUCAGCAUUUCAGAUGGAACUGGGUUGUACUCAUUGCUACGAAGGAUGAGGGAGGAGAUUACUUCUUGCAGAUCAUGGAGUCUCUGCUUUUGCAGAACAGAAUCUGUUCAACAUUCACAGAAAGAUUUGAAAAAAAUGUUUAUCUCCAUGAUAUGCAUAAAAUCAUCUUUGAAAAAUUGGGGUUUUUGCAAACUCUCAUGGAGAGCAAAGCCAAUGCAGUUGUUAUACAUGGAGAAUCUCCAGCCAUUUUUUGGUUGGAAAUUUUAAUAUAUGGAAGCAGGAUGCUUCCACUAAUUUUUCCUCAGAAUAAGGAGAGGUUCUAUGCAGCAAAAGUAUGGAUAACGACAGCCCAAAUUGAUUUCCUAAUAAAUACCCAAGUAAUACUUGGUGGAUUUGAUAUACAAUUCCUCCAUGGUGCCAUCUCCUUUACAAUUCCAUCAAAGGAGCUUCAAGGCUUCCAAGAAUUUCUUCAGCUUGUAAAUCCUUUCUGGGAAGAAGAAGACGGUUUUGUUCAUGAUUUCUGGGAGCAAGCAUUUGGUUGUUCAUUUUCACCCUCAAUUGUGAGUCUCAUAGGUGGAACAUGUACUGGAGAGGAGAUGCUGGAGAGUCUUUCUGGAGGUGUUUUUGAUAUGAACAUGAGCGGCCACAGCUACAGUAUCUACAAUGCUGUCUACACUGUGGCACAAGCCUUACACACCUUCUACAUGGCUAGAGUCAACCACAGAACAAUGGAGAGUGGAGAAAGAUUGUUUCCUGAGAAUGUAGAACCCUGGCAGCUCCACUCAUUGAUUCAGACAAUCUCAUUCAACAACACUGCUGGAGAUGAAAUUACAUUUAAUGAACGUGGAGAAUUUGAAGGGGGAUUUGAUAUUACAAACUUUGUCACCUUCCCAAAUAAGUCCUGUGUCAGGGUCAAAGUGGGAAGGCUGGAUCCUCAUGCUCCUCCAGGCAAAGGAGUCACCAUUAAUGAGGAUAGAAUCAAAUGGCACCGAGACCUGACUCAGUGUACUGACAACUGCCAUCCAGGGUACAGCAAGAAAAAGAUAGAGGGGGAGAAAUUUUGCUGCUAUGAUUGUGCUUCAUGUCCAGAUGGGAUGUUCUCAAACAAGAAUGAUACAGAAAUUUGUGUCAAUUGUCCAAAUGGUUACUAUCCAAACAAAUUCAAGAAUGAAUGCAUUCCUAAAAUUCCAAAUUUCCUAGAUUUCAAAGACACUUUGGCCAGCAUUUCCAUGUUUUCUGUACUUUUAUUGUCUCUCAUCACAGCUCUGGUGCUUGGCAUCUUCAUUAGGCACCGGGACACUGCCAUAGUCAAAGCAAAUAACCGAAGUCUCACCUACGUCCUCCUCCUCUCCCUCCUCUUGUGUUUCAACUCUUCCUUGCUCUUCAUCGGAAAGCCUAAGAAGGGGACCUGCCUUCUUCGACAAACUGCUUUUGGCAUCAUCUUCUCUGUGUCCCUUUCUACCAUCUUGGCAAAAACGAUCUCGGUGGUUCUUGCAUUCAUGGCUACUAAACCAGGAUCCCAGAUAAGGAAAUGGGUGGGGAAAAGACUAGCAUAUUCGAUUAUCCUCUCGUGUUCCAGUAUUCAAGCAGGCAUCUGUACUCUGUGGCUGGCAACUUCUCCCCCAUUCCCAGAUAUAGACAUGACUUCAGUGACUGAAGAAAAUGUCCUGCUGUGUAAUGAAGGGUCAGUCGUCAUGUUCUACUUUGUUUUGGGUUACAUGGGUCUCCUAGCUAUUGUCAGCUUCACUGUGGCCUUCCUGGCCAGGAAGUUGCCUGACAGUUUUAAUGAAGCCAAGUUCAUCACCUUCAGCAUGUUAGUCUUUUGCAGUGUGUGGGUGUCCUUUGUUCCAACCUACCUCAGCACAAGGGGAAAGUACAUGGUGACUGUGGAGAUCUUCUCCAUCUUGGCUUCUAGUGCUGGGUUACUCAGCUGCAUCUUUUUCCCCAAAUGCUACAUUAUUGUCAUGAGACCUGAGUUGAACACCAGAGAGCUCCUAAUACGAAGAAAGGUGUAA